AUGUUGAACCAGUUGACAGGCACUGAAGGCCGACCAUCGUUGCGAGAUAUAAUCCAUCCCUGGUUUGUGCCGUUUUCCGAGAAGUGCAGUUUUAUGGAACAGAGCAACGCUGGAGUAAUCCGCAUCAAUAACAUCCCGUACGAAGUCUCGCGCGCUGAGAUAUUUGCGUUUCUUGGACGCUCGGCCAACACCCUAAUCGAUCGAAACGAGCCUAUCCACAUACUCAUGGACCGAACCACAAGCAAAACGAACGAGUGUUAUGUAGAGUUUGCUUCAUUCGACGAAGCUGUAACAGCAGUCACCCGGUAUCAGAAUGCCAUUGACAAUAACAUCCAUGUGCCUAAAAUUGGAAGUCGUGACGUCGAGGUUACCAUUUCAAGCCAGGCGAUGCUUAUGAAGAAGCUAUUCCCGAUAGCGAAAGGUGUUCUAUGGGAGGAGAUGCCGUUUCGGAUCAUCCGUAAUGCUCCCCACAGCUGGGAUAAUUUCACAGGAUUCAUCACUGAGGAAGAGAUGACUUUGCUGUGUAAGCAUGUAGAGGGUUACAACAAUCCGGUUUUUUCGAAGCAAUGCCCGGAGCGUGCGUAUGAAUGCAUGAUCAGCACAGUCAAGAAAUAUCCCUGGCAUAUGCCUGAACAUAUCACGAUAAAGGAGCGUGACUGCAUGUAUGAUGCAGGCCUGAGAAUGGUUGGACAGCUACAGCGACGAAUCAGCAAGGGUGAGAAACCGGAGCGACUGACACCCCAGCUUUUGAGCCGUCUUGCCGAAGCCAUUCUUUCUUGUCCUGGAUUCAGUAUUUCGCAGAAGGACAAUGUUGCCUAUAGAGCAAAUAUGCCAGAGCAUAAAAUGAGAGACCUUGGCCAACCACGUUUUGCGGAGCUGUGGCGUCAUUUGCAGGUUCUCAACACCAAGGAAGGCGUUCCUCUCGAUAUAAUUGAAUAUUAUAUCGCUGUGGUCCGUGAGGAAACGACUAGGAUUGCAGAUUUUCAGGGAAUUAGCCAGCAGCAGCGACUUCUCGCUGAGCAGAGAUCCACCUCCAACUACUGGGGGUUCUUCUAG